AUGGCAAGGAGAAAAGGUCGUACAUUUGAAGGAUGUUGGACAUGUAGAUCGAGAAAAGUCAAAUGUGAUUUAACCAAACCUCAAUGUAAUCGAUGUUUAAAAUCAAAUCGAAUAUGUCAAGGUUAUGAAAUUAGAUUAGGAUGGUGUCAACCAAUGAUAUAUGAUCAUAAUGAUACUACCAAUAAUGAUACUUUUAAAUUUUUAAAUAAUGAAGAAUUUGAAAAAGAUUUAGAUAAUUUUCAACGACGAAAUGUUGAAUUAGUGAAAUAUCCUAAACAUAUGAAAUAUGAAACUUAUGAACAAUUAAAUUAUAUUUUGAAUCAAUUUGAUAAUCUAGAAAUGAUGAACCAUGAUAAUAUGAGUAAGAAUGAAGAUAAAGAUAGUGAAAAUGAAAAGGAAUUUACUAUUGGACCAUUUAAAUGUAUCAAAUGGAAGAAUAUAAAUACAAUGAAUUUCAAAAAAACUUCUAAUAAAAUUAUGAAAACCCCACAGAAAUCCCAACCUUUAAUUAAACCCCAGAAUGAAAGUGUUACCCUGAAUAAAUCUAGGAUAAAAACAAAGACAAAACAUUCAACUAACACAAUUAAUGAUACCAAAAUAUCUAAUCUUAAGAGUAAUAAAAUAACUAAUGGUAAUAUUAAUGUUUAUUCAGAUUUAUUAAAUUUUGCCAAAUUAACUAUUGUUGGUAUAAAAGGUCCUAAAUAUAAUAUAACUGAUCAAACCAUUUAUCAUAUAUUUGAACCAGAAUUUUUCCCUAAUGUUGAUUCUGAUGAUGAUUGGUUAAUUGAUAUUAAUGAAUAUCUUGAUCAAUUGUUCCAACAACAACAGAAAAACCUACCAAAUUUAUCUAACGGUAAUGAUGGUUGCAGCGGCGGAUUGAUAAUAACUCCAUUAUUACAAAAAUUAUUAAAUAAUUUUAUUAAUCAAAGUAAUGAAAUUUUGAAUUUUAAUCGAAUGGGAUUUCAAUUUAAUUAUAUUGAUAUUUUUAUAAUACCAUUUAUACAACGAAUUUUUGGAGAAUUGAUUUGUUGGGAUUUCAAUGAUAUUAAAUCUACUCAAUUAAAUAAAUCUUUAUUAAUAUCACAACAUGGGUCAACUGAUGAUAACCCCAAUGAUUCAGAAGAAGAAGAAGAACAAGAAGAACAAGAUGAUGAUGAUGAUGAGAUAGGGGAUAAGAAUAUUAUUAAUAUCGAUGUUAUUUUCCGAAAUAUUAAAUUAAUUAUUGUUUAUUUAGUUUUAUCAUUAUCUUCAUUUCAAUUAUCAACACCAAUAAAUAAUCGAUUUAAUUUGGAUGAUUAUUUAUUAUUAAGUAUUCAUUUACGGAAAUUAGCUAUGAAAAUGUUGAAUUAUCAUCUUGAUGAAUCCGAUACAAUAAUAGAACAACUUGAACAAGAACAAGAAAAAGAAGAACAACUGCAAAAUACACGUUGGAGAAGGAAUUAUAAUUUAGUGAAUGAUUAUUCUUGUUAUAUAUUAUUAGCAUUAAUAUUACAAAUUGAAAUUGAUACAUAUUUAUCAAUAUUUGAAAAUUAUGAAUUGAUUUAUGCCAUUGGUGAUUUUAUAAUUGAAAAAACUAAUCCUAAAUCAAAAAGCAGUAGUACUACCACCAGCAACACCACCACCCCCAAAAAGAAGAAGAAAUUGAGUCCAUUAUUGAAAUUAUUAAUUAAUAUAUUUAAAAUUAAAUAUAUUUUUUAUGAAAGUACUCAUUCGAUAAAUUUAUUUAAUUAUCAAAUAAAUCAACAAGAUGAAGAAAUCAAUUAUCGAGAUUUGAAUGAAAAUUAUGAUUUAAUAAGUACUUCAAGUUUAAGUGAUAAUGAAAAUGAGGAGGAGGAAGAAGAAGAAGAAGAGGAGGAAGAGGAGGAAGAAGAAGAAGAUAAACGACAGAUUAAACCGACAAUAAAGAAUCUAAUUAUAUCUAAUGAUUCAAUAACUACAUCAUAUGAACCAAUGUCAUAUACUAUUAGUUUUAAUAAAGAUAAUUCCAAUAGUUUGAACAAUGCAAAAACCAAGAAACAACAACAAAAAACCGACAAGACUAUUAAAACUGGAAAAGAAAACACCACCAUCACUACCACUACUACUGUUGUUGGUGGUGGUAGUGGUGGCGGUAAAAAAUUUAUACCAGAUGAUAAUUUCACUAAUGAAUUGGAUAUUAAUUAUAUUUAUUUAAUGUAUGGCAUACCUAAAUCAUUAAUUGAUUUAUUUUAUGAAAUUAUUCAUUUAACUAAUCAUAAAAACAUUUUCCAUCGUCGUAAAGUAUUCCCAAGAAAUUUCCCGAAAAUUUGUGCUGAAUUUGAAGAUAGAUUAAUUAAUUGGUCAAUUGAUAAUGAUCUGAAUUGGCAAUUAAUAUAUACUCCCAUCACCAUCACCACCACCACUAAUAAUGAUGGGUCAUUUUUGGAAUUAUUACGAUUGAAUAUUAUAUCAUUUCAUCAAAGUUUAAUAAUUUAUUAUAAUCAAUUAUUGAAAAAAAAUUGUAAAUUAAAAGAUUAUCAAGAUUUAAUAGAAGAUAAUUUAAACAAUUUUCAAAAACUAUUAUCUCAUCAUAAACAACAACUGAAGCAGAAGCAGAAGCAGAAGCAGAAACUUUUCUUUAAACCUUUGAUAUGGAUAUUAUUUAUAAUUGGAUCAAGUACAAUUAAUCCAUCAAUUCAAAAUCAAAUUAAAUCAAUUUGGCAAUCAAUUGAAAAUGAUUAUAAAUUUGGUGUAGCUAAUUAUUGGCGAUGUAAACAAAUAUUAUAUGAAAUUUGGAAUCAACGAGAAAUUAAUAAUGAUAAUAAUAAUAAUAAUCAUAACAAUAAUAAAUCUAUAAUAGGUAAUUUAGGAAAUCAAACCAAUAACAAGAAUGAUACUGAGGGUGAUGAAAAUUUAGGGUUUAUGAAUAUGAUUAGAGAAUAUGGAAUUGUGUUAAAUUUAGGAUAA